AUGGUGGAUUUCGAAAAUUGGAUUUCCGAACUUGAUGGAAACAUAAAUUUAGCCCAACUCUCUAUUCCAGGCACCCACAAUUCUGCUGCAUGCCACACUUCUCUACCAAGUGUUCGUUGUCAGGAUGAAAGUAUUACUGAGCAAUUGAAACAUGGCGUUAGAUUUUUUGAUAUUAGAUUGGGCAAGUUAUUUUUGGAAGUGAAGGAUGACGACCAAUAUGAAUUACAAGUUAUACAUGGUAAAUUUCCAGUUAGAAUUCCAGCUCCUGUUAAAUUUUCUUUGGUCUUAAACGAAUUUUAUGAUUUUCUUGACAAACAUCCCAAUGAAACUGUCAUUGUUUCUUUAAAACAAGAGGGGGAAGAUUCUUGGGGUAAAGAUACAGAUGAAUUCCCACGCUUUGUAUGGGAUAAUUAUUUAAAAAAAGACAAAGAUAAAUGGUUUCUGAGUAAUCAAAUCCCUAAAUUGGAUGAAUGUAAGAGUAAACUGAUACUUUUUAGAAGGUUUGGGGUGAAACAGGGAUUCCAAUAUUUUGAUAACAGGUCUGAUUUUGGCAUUGAUGCUGAGUGGUGGACUUACAAUACAAAGGACGAUGACCGUGGGUUUUUUGAGGUCCAAGAUUAUUGUGAACUUAAUGAGCCCAAGGACAUUGAUGAGAAAGCAAUGUAUGUUAAAGAUUUAAUUGGUAAAGCCCUUCAAUGCAAUACUACAAAUACGGAUAAUUCAAAAUUAUUCAUAAACUUUUGUUCUGGUGCAAAUUUUUUUAACAUUGAAUGCUGGCCAAAAAAGAUUGCCAAAAGAAUGGCUGAACAUAAUAUUCAAGACAUGGUGGGAGCUGGAUCUGGCACAGUCAUCAUUGAUUAUGCUGGGUUGAACGAUUGGGAAAUUGUCAAAAAAAUUGUUGGGUCUAAUUUCUAG